UCUACUUCCGUGAAAACAACAGUAGUUCGAGCGGAAUGAAACUCAGCUGUGUUUACAUGUCUAAAAAGAACUUUUGCUGAGGAUGUUUGAUACGAAAAAAAAUGUUCAGUAAGGUAGGAGGAGGUUCUAAGAACCAGUUCCUCGAGCAGACAAAGGCUGCACGAGCGGAGAGAGCCCAGGGAAAGGAGCGGGACAAGCAUGCCACAAUACUGCAGGCACAUAUCAGGGGUUUUCUGACCAGACGACGGUUUCAAAAGGGAUUACAGACUAGCAUCAAUGAGCUGCUCCAGAUUCCAGAAAAUCCUGAAGAUGAAUAUAAACCCAAACUACUACCAGCCCUGGAGGUGUACAAGAAAAUCCGACAAUUUUUCUAUGUAUAUUCACAAGAACCUGACAAAAGGAAGCUUGAAUUUUUAUGUCGGUACCUGUUGUCCUCCAUGGAUACGGAGCAGAUAAAGUUGUGCUAUGUGUCGGUGGCCCUGAUGAAACCCUACGUAGUGGAAUGGAUCCUACAAGCUAAGAACAUCAUGUGGCAGAGUUGUUCCUGUCUCCGAACCCUCAGGCCGGAGAACCACACAGAAAUGCAGUCCAUUAUGUUACACCUACGACUGUUGAUCACGUUCACCAGUACCAGUACAUGGAAAAUACUUAAGGGGAAGACAGGUGAGCCGCUGGUCGCUAUGAUGAAUCAGCUUUGUAACACUUUGAUGGGAAAUCUCAACACUAAAGGAAUGUACCCAAUCCUUCAGGGAUUACUGACUAGGGGCCUGUCAGCCUCCAAACCUGCCUUCAAACAUGCCUCCUUGUCGGCAGUUGUCACCCUGGCUUUAAGGCCCCUCAUAGCUUCAAACUUUUCCGAAAACCUGAUGAACGUGUUUAUACUACACAUCCUCUCAGUGCCUGCUAUUGUGUGUCACAUGUCCAACAUGUCUCCUGUUUGCCUUACCCAGAUGGUCACUCACAGAAUAUUCAAACGGUCACUGGAUCUUUUGACCAACGAACAGAGCACUAGGAUCAUCUUCAACUCACUAGAGGGAAACUAUGCUCUCUGUCUUCUUGCAAAUUUGGUGCAGCUUGGAUAUAUAGAGCUAGAG